GCAGGAGAACCACCUACCAUGACCAAGUGCGCUCUAAAUGUAGGACACACAUCCGAGUGGCACACAAACGCACCAUCGGGGGACACAUUUGGAAGCAGACGUAGAAGAAGCAUGUUCGGACGUGCCUUAUCUCAUUGCCAUCCUCCUCAACAUGCCACAGUGGAUCGUCACAAGGGGAAAGGAGGGUUGCUCCUCUUCGGCAUCUCGCGGAGCACAAGAGUGGCAGUAAAUUACAUCACAUCUUUCUCCGAUUAUCAAUGGUAGGCAUUGCGUAAUUGGCACCCCCCCUCCCCCCCACCUCCUCCUCUCUUUUUGUUUUUGUUUCUUUUUUGGGGGGGACGCUACCAAGACACCACCUUUUUUGCAUUUGUUUGGCGAUGCCCUUUUCUCGGACAAAAAGGGACUCCUUGCAGAAGCUGAGAAAGGAUGCGUGUGAGGCUUGAGGUGUGCUGCAUUCAGGGACAUCGGGUACUCGCGGCGGCGGCCAUACGAGAGGGCCUGAGAAGCACCGGGCCCCACCGCGGUUUGCUCCUUUUCCUCCCCCCUGCAGGAGCAUGCUUGCGUGAGGGAUGAGGCCGUGUACGAGCACUCCAGCGGGCCAGAGCUGCGGCCUACUUCUCACCACAGCCGGUGGCGACACUGCUGCAAGACCCGCGAACACACCGUCAACGUCACAUCAGCAUCUUUGGUCAUCAGGUAGAUCCAGGAGCAUGAGCAGAACUUUGAGCUGCGGGAGCAGAUGUCUGGGUAUAAGCGCAUGCGGCGGCAGCACCAGAAGCAGCUGAUCGCCCUGGAGAACAGGCUGAAGGCCGAGAUGGAUGAGCACAGGCUUCGGCUGCAGAAGGAACUGGAGACGCAGGCGAACAACACUUACAUUGAGCUGGAGAGGCUGGCCAAACGGCACGCCACGCAAACGGACAAGGAGAUGAAAUCGGUUGCCGCCGAGGAGAGGAGGAUCCAGCAACAGAUUGUUGCUCAGCAAAAGAAAGAGCUGACGUCUUUUUUGGACAACCAGAAGAAGGAGUACAGACUCUGCAAGGACAAGAUCAAAGAAGAGAUGAGCGAGGACCCUUGCACACCCAAGGAGGAGAAGCAUGAGCGUCUGUCCAGGCACAAAGAAACAAUACAGCGCUCUCAGGCUGAGGAGGAAGCUCACCUGCUGACCCAGCAGAGGCUCAUCUAUGAGCGCAGCUGCCGGGCGCUCAAACGUCGCAGUCUGGUCAGGAAGCACGAGUUUGAACAGGAGCAACUGCGAGAGGAGCUGAACAAGAAGAGGACCCAGAAGGAGAUGGAGCAUGCCCUGAUGAUCCGGCAGGAUGAGGGCACCCAGGAUCUUGAGCACAGGCAGCUGCACAUGCUGCAAAAACUGCGCGUCGAACUCAUGCGGCUGCAGCACCAAACGGAGCUGGAGAACCAGGAAGAGUACAACAACCGGCGGCAGCAGGAGCUACAGCGAAAACACACACUGGAACAGCGCCAGCAGCCCAGGAACCUCAAGACGUUGGAGAUGCAGAUCAAGAAGCAGUUCCAGGACACUUGCAAGGUGCAGAACAAGCAGUACAAAGCUCUUCGCAACCAUCAGCUGGAGGUUUCACCCAAAGGUGACCAUAAGAGCAUCCUCAAGGGGCUGAAGGAGGAGCAGACCCGCAAGCUGGCGGUGCUGGCUGAGCAGUACGAGCAGAGCAUCAAUGAGAUGAUGGCAUCACAAGCGAUGAGAUUAGACGCCGAGCAGGAGACGGAGUGUCAGGCUCUGAAGCAGCAGCUGAAGCAGGAGAUGGAGCUGUUGGACGCCUACCAGAUGAAGACCAAGUCACAGAUGGAGACCCAACAUGAGCGAGAGCAGCAGAAACUCGAGCAGAAGGUCUCCAUACGCAGGGCCCACCUUGAGCAGAAGAUUGAAGAGGAACUGGCUGCGCUCCAGAAGGACCGUUCAGAAAGAAUCAAGCACUUGUUGGAGCGUCAGGAGCGGGAGAUGCUAACGUUCGACAGCGAGAGCCGAAGCCUGGGAUUUGGAAGCCUGGGAUCGCUGGACUUCCCCAAAGACGACAACAGAUGAAACCGGACAACGUGGCGGCGCCCUUUUCACCACCAGUGUUGUUGUCGUUCGGUCGGAUAACUUCAUGCUCUUCUUUUCUCUCACAUGUCUCGGGACGGAGGCGUGCAGUGAGAAACUUCUUUUGUGACGACACAAGAAUCAACCGGCGAGGAUGGAUUAUUGGGAAUUUUCCGUCGCCCCCUCCUUUUUGGUAUGAAUUGAAUACUUCAGGAAAACAUUUUGGUAAAAUGGGCACUUUGAUAUGUUUAAAUAGAAACCCAUCAUGUUCAUAUUAAUGUGUGUGUGACAUGGAGGGACAUUGUGGAAUGUGAGCUGUGGACUACCCCUGCCCACCCCCACCGUGGUGUUUUUAUUAUUAUUAAGCUGCCCCCUUCUUUCUCUCCUUUUAUUUCUUUUCCAUGCAUUUAACGAUGAGAAUGUGAAUAUCAGUGCAGGACUACAGUCCAUCACCAUGACUGAUUGGCCGACAUCUCCACUCGCUUCUUAUUGCAUGCACUUUAUUAAGGACACAUUCAGGUUGUGAAGUGACGCAUGAAUCUGUCAGAGAUCUUAGCUGUUUGUAAAUAAAGUGGCCAUAGCUUUUUUUUUUUUUUGGUUUACGUUGCGAAAAACACAAGCGCCAUGUUUAAUGUAUAUGCAUAUAUAUAUAUAUAUAUAUAUAUAUAUAUAUAUAUAUAUAUUAGGGGUGUAAUGGUACGCCAUAAUCACAGUUCACGUCAGUUUUAAGGUGACCCGAAGGUUCAUUUUGGGGACAGUACAGGAACAAAAUGCAAACAGCUUUAAUGAUUUAAAAAAAAAAUUUUGUUAUGAAACAUAAAACAAACUGGAAACUGCUAAGUAGGUAAUUCUCCAAUAAAUUAAUUAAAAAAAAAGAGUUUAUAGCGAAUCUAUGUUUUUCUCUAGUGAAAUUUGGACUUUGCACACAAAAUUACGACAUUAAUCUCAUAAUAUUACGACUUUCCCCUCGUAAAAUUCGGACUCUUUUCCUCGACAAAUUAUGACACAAUGUUUGACAACAAACACGACUUAUUUUUCUCAUAAAAUAUCAUAAUAUCUCGUAAAAUUGCAACUUAUUUCUCAUUCGUUUUUUCCUUUUAUCGUGUACAUUUUAAUAAACAAUAUUUUCUGAUAAAAUUAUUACUUUCAUCUAAAACCCAAACUAUUUGUCUCGUAAAAUUGCAACUUAUCUUAUUCUUAGUCAAAUAAAAAUAAAUAUGAAAUAAUAUGUAAUACAUGUAAUUACAACAAUUGUUUACAACAAUAGUUUUUUUUAAUUUACUGAAUGUGACAGUCUGAAUUAGGGAUUAGGGAUGUCCCAAUCCACAUUUUUUGGCUUCUGAUCCGAUUCCAACAAACAUGAAUUAGUGGAAAUGAAUAUGGUUAUGAAAAUGGCUCUUCAAAGCAUUAAAAGUAAUGCAACCAAAGUAUUGCUGAAUUAACUUUUUUGUUACACAGCAUGACCAACAAUAUUGUUUGGCUUUUGUAACAAACCUCUAAGAGUCAGGUCCCUAAUCCAGCAAAACAUACAUCCAAUAAAAAAAAGUCCAUCCACUAAAAGAUAAAAUUGGAAAAAAUGGGCGUGCAAAAUACUUUGAGGGUAGGACUAAUGGUUUGACACGGUUAUAGAUCCAUUUGUGGUGCGAUUUAGAAUAUAUUAAAAAAAAAUUUUAACAAACUCUCUUCAGCACAAUAGUACAGUAAUUUAUUGACGGUCCCUAGUGUAAAUAACCAGCGGUUAGAGUAGCACUUCCCAUGCGAGCAGUGUCGGAGCCAGAAAUGUUUCAUUGGGGUGGCCAAGGUGAGACCAUUACUCACAUGGGGUGGCAAUAAGUUGGUACCUGAAAUGUGUAGAUGGUCACUGGGGUGGCCGGAGAGUGACCAAGGGUGGCCACGGUCACCACGUAGCUCCGCCAAUGCGUGAGGGCUCCCUGCACAAUCUACCCAGCAGUCCGGGCACAGUGAGGGGGAACUACCGCUGUAGCUACGGAGCCGAAUGUCCAACGUCCAACGUGAAACUAACUUCACCAAGGUACACCGCGUACAUGUGCAUGGUGGUGUUGCGUUUUCUUCUUGCGGGUGGCGGGAGUCGAGUGGCACCCAGCUUUGAGACGCAUUACCACACAUGAUGGGGCGUGUCCCAGAGUUACGAACGUGAUACGGCGACUGGAUCGGCCUGAUCUCGUGGCGGAAGCCGAUAUUAUCCGAUCUUAACAAUACAGCGGAUCGGCAGCUGAUCCCGAUCCUGAAGAUCGGAUCGGGACAUCCCUAGUCUGAAUUAUUUGACUUUAAGGAAAUGAAAGUUCCGUAGUGGCCAAAGUGCAGCCCCGUUCCUCAUCUGCACUGAACAAUGGCGGCACACGGCGUUCAUCUUAUCCACUUGUCUUUGUCUGUUUACGUAUUUCAGCGGGAAGGCCAAGUGAGACUUUAACAACGGAGGAGGGUUCUCAAGCUCUGAUUUCUUCUCAGCACGAUGGCUAGCCAUGACUCCCGCUCGGCAAAGGCUGGGCUGUACUGUACUUGUUUAUGGAAUAGACGCGUUACAACAUCACGAGGCAGAUACACUUCCUGUUAGUGUACCAUGUGGGAACGCAAUACGCCUCUGUGCCACCCUGAAUCCGAUUUCACAUAUACCGUUACACCCCUAAUAUACAGUAUAUACAAAUAUGACAUAUACGUUCACAAAUGCCUUUCUUAAGCAGCUUUUCAGUUGCGUAUAUUUUGAUUCCCUCCCCCCCCAAGGUUUGCAGACAUCCCACCCCCCGGUUUUCAACUUGUGAACCAUGUAAUCAGCGUUCUUGUACAUGACAAAUGGUGAGAAUUGUGCUGUUUAACUUUUGAUAUGACUAUUUGUAUACUUGACGACAUGGCGCCGACACGCCGACACCAGUCCAUUUAACCGUGACCCGGCUUCAAAAACAACUUUGCAUUGUUGGGGUUUUUUUUCUAAUAGAAUAGUGAGACAGAUGAUAGAUCAAUGCCCUGCUGUCCGAAAGCGCAGGACUGUCCGAUUGCAUCGGUAGAGCAGACUGGAGCAUUCGGGGAGUCCGGCUCGCUGGGGGUGCAAAAGGGGCGGAAACGUUCGGGGUACAUUUCAAGUGGGAAGUUUACAAUUUUAGACAUAUUCACUUGGACAAGUUGGACGCUUCCAAUGGGAAAACAUGGGAAUGAACACUCGCAUUAGUUAUCCUCAGACACUGUGCUGGAUGGCGGCUGUUUUUCAACCUCAUUUCACAUCAUGACUGUAAAUGACAUUUGUGGCGCCACCUGUGGGUUGUGGUCCAAAACAUACGAGUGGCUAAGACGUUUUGCUUGAUGGCGACUAUGUUUUUCAGUCAGUCUUGCUCAAAUUUGACGGACAUGGGCUUGUCAAGUCGCCUAAAAGCGGGUGUUUAGUCGAGCUGUGUGAGAAAUUUCAAGUCAAUCGGACUUACGGGGUCUGUUAACAGCGCCAUCAUGUGGUGUUUUUGUCAGAAAAGUAAUACAGUAGCACAGUCGACACAGUUUCACCCUUUCGCGGUGCGCUUCGCUCAUUGGCUUGGAGAGGUCACACGGUUCUACUGCCUUCUACCAGGUCAUGUGGUGAGCAAAUAACGAUAGAAACUGGAAUUGUAUGCAAACAUGAUAAGCUAUUUGUUUAUGUGCACAUGCAGGGAAACAAAUAUAAACACAACAGAAUUGUCGUGUUUUGCAUAUUUCCACUUCUAGAUGACCACAUGUUCCCAUGAAUUUCCAUGGAAUGUUUCUAACGGUAACUUUUGCAACCCGAGCAGUCACACAAAAAAAUAUCCGUAUUUGAAUAAUUAGCGCCUAACGGUCGAUUGACAAUUUUUUGCCAUUAUGUUCUUUGAACAGGUUGCACAAUUUCCAUUUUUGACCAAAUGGAAGAAUAAUAGUUUGGUGCUUCAUUUCUUACUUAACACCACUUUUAGCCUUGUUGUUGUUUUCGCUUUAAGGGGGAAUGCGUUGUUUGUUUGUUUUUCUUUUAAGAAAAGUGUUUAAAACAACAUUGCUCCGUGACAAAUAUAGAACCCCCCCACCACCAACACACAGUCAAAAGCCUCUAAAAUGUACUUUUUUUUAAAGGUGAUAUUUGUUUUAAAUGUGGUGGUCUUGACUUGAAAUUGUUUUGUUUUCAUUUCAAAGCCACAAAUUGAAAUAAUGGGUGUUUUUCUUGCAAGGCGGGAGAAUAAUGAUAAUAAUAAUAAUAAUAAUAAUAAUAAUAAUAAUAAUAAUAAUGUUUGACUGUAAUUUCUGAAGGCAAUAGAAACUCACUCUGAAGUGGAAUUUUUAAAGCCUUGUAUAUUUUCCACAAGCUUUCUGAUGCUAAUGAUGCUAACGUUCCUCGUAUGCAGUAAGGCCUUUUUUUGUGUGUGUGUGUGUGCUCACGUUCGAUUCAAGCCUUGUGGACCGUCAACGGUUCCGUCAAAAGUGCUAUGGGGCUCCUUCAGUGUCUUGAAAUUGAACAAAAAUAAUAAUAAUAACAAUAAAAAGGCUUGCUUGAGUGCUACACAAAAGAGUUCUGAACUUUGCCAAUAGUGCGGGAUGAUGUGAGUUUAUAGAGAAAUGUAUUUAGUUAGAAUCUAAAGGGGACUUUCCUAAAACAACCCUAUUCUUCACCAUUUCCUGUGCGGUUCAAACACAAAAUAAAAAAGACUUUAUGUUGAAAACAAAA